AUGUUAUGGGUUACGUUGUUGGAACAGGCGUGUUUUCGCUUUGGCGGAAUGCGUUGUGGUAGGUGUGUGGGGGGCAUGGUUGGGCGGGUUUAUACGGCGCAGGGGUGUAGUUGUGGUUCGUUAGUGGUACCACUGGACGAGGUAGAUGUCGGCGAGUCCAGUUUAAGCAGGAUAAUGGUUGUACCAAGUACUUUUUUGUUUCGGGUUUGCUGGACGUGCUUGUGGUGCCAGGUGAUAAAUUCAGGUGAAAUUGUGUUUGAAGUAGGUAGAUAUUUUAUAUGCAAUGUCACCCUUAAAUUUUCUUUGACUGCAAAGGCGGUCGUCGCUGCAGAAGUGGUGCUAUAGACUGAGGUGGAAAGAAGUCGGCGCAUCGUGAAGACCACAAUUCGUGAUCAAUUUAAGACAAAAUAUUUUCAGAAUGGGAAAAUCUUCAAUGCUAUUUUCGUCACGGGGUUAUUUUUAUCUACAGUUUUCAACAUAUGAGGAAUUUUUAGUGAUAGCUCGAGAAAGUAGGGUAAGAUGAAGCGACUGUACGGAUUUUCUUGUGUAGGUUUGUUUUCGUUUUCUCAAUAAGGUCCGAAAAGUGUUAGAUUGUGGCUCUCGACAAAAUUAGUGAUAUAAUAUGAUCAAUACUAGACGGACUAUACACGGCCAGCGUGAAGCGAAACUGGCGAGCCACACGGGCUAUCCGUCGAUGUAGUCUGGGUAUGGUGAAGUCUCCGUUCUCCGUCCUCUCCGAGACAACAAACACAAUGCCACUGCAGCAAAUUAUAGUCGUGUGAUUUGGCCAGGUAAUCCGGUCGUGCGACGUAUUAUCAGACAAUUCAUUAGGAGAAGUUACGACUGUAACUGACUAGUACUCUGUGGAAUAUACUGCGUGGUUGAUUGUGAGCAUUGAAAAAUAAAUCAAAUGAUCGCGCGUAUUCAUACCAAGGAAGAGAAUGAAGCAUACAACAGCAGGUCUAAGUUUUAUUUUCGCGAAAGAGAUUCAUCUUCACCUACCGGACUGAGAUCAUGAAAAAAAGUCUAUACACUUUAUAGAAUACAUAGGGAAGGCAAGAUUGAAAUGCGGUAAUAAAAAGCGAUCUACGGUGGAGUGUUAAUUAGAUCUUUUUUUUACCUUCGCCGACUUUCCGCUCCCAGAAUCUUAGUCUACAUCACUCGGGUCGUAAUUGGGAACAAAGGGAAUCAGGAGGGAUAUCUAGGGAAUAUACUGAGCUUAUCAACUUGUACGUUACGAUUUGGAUUUUAUUCAGCAGGAUUUAUGACUGUAAGAAUUAUCACUCUGACAUCAAAAUCGAACAUCAUCAAUCAGAUUACAACUUCACAAGAACUUAAGACUUAUUUGGGAUUUACAACAACUUACAAUCUAGUCCAUCCAUCAUUAUUUGGGAUUUACAUUUACUUUGGGAAUAAAAUGACUACAACUUAAUAAACAUAUCGUGAAUUUUACCAACUUCUACACAGGAAGUGAAAGUCUAUUUUUAGUUUAUUUUCAUCUUGGACACGAUGAAAUUGGCUGCGAAGAGCGGAUAAUUGCGAUAGGAAAGCGAUCCUCAAUGUUUAUUUGACUUUGUAUGCGAAAUCGAUUGAUGCCCUAACUAACAGGAUUAACUAGGAUUAGGGUAAGCAUCUAUUAGAAUAACUACAGUGAUGAUGAUGAUGAUGAUGAUGAUGAUGAAUUUUCUUUUUCUUCACAUAUCCUGCCUCACACAAGAAGAAGAACAAGGACUAUCUUGAAUUUACUUUAUGCAUUUCGAGAUUAGAUUAAAUAGAAACAACGAGGUUUGUAAGUGCGACCACAUACGAGACGGAGAUGCUUGUACAAAGACAAACUAGUUGUAUCCUGGGUGGAUGCGGAACCACCAUAAAAGCGAUGACUCUAGUAGUAACGACUGAAAAAUCUCCUGCUUCCCCGAACCAAUAAUUCGUAAAGAUGUCCUCACCUUCCCCAACGUCGAUCAGAAAAGGUUGACGACUGCACCUUUUUGGACAUCAUUCCAGGCACCCUCGGGAACCCCUUUUUCUAUGCUUGAAGAUGAGUCUAAUGGAAUUAAGAACGAACUCUAAUCUACGAAAUAAACCUCAAAACAAUGAGAAACAUCCUAAGAAAAAUAGUCCAAAUCCACAUAUCCCUGAGAAUAUUGAUCCAAUUAUUUCCUACUCAAUCUGAGAAGAAAUGAAUAGAUGAAUAUUGCACCAGCGUGAUACUGGUGGCUGUCUUGAACUAGUAUAGGGAAAGACGAACAUGCCAGGUACUAGAGUUGAAAAAUUUGUAGUGUUCGAAAUACCGUGAAC